CUAGAUUUCACUAGUUGUUUGUCUUAUCUAGUACACAAUAGUAAAUACUAUUUUUAUAGGUGACGUUUCGGAGAAAUUAUCACUUGGUGGUAUGCCCACACUAAGUCGGAAAAAACUACACCAUCAGCUGGAAAAUGUUAAGACAUUUCAAAACCCAAAACUUGAGUUUGAACAGUACUGCACCUCAGCGCAAGUUGCAGCGGACAUCUUGUUUAAUAUUCAAAUGACAGAUAAUGCAUUGGAAGGGAUGUCUGUAGCCGAUCUUGGAUGUGGUACUGGAAUGUUGUCUAUUGGUGCUAAACUCCUUGGAGCUAAUUGUGUACUUGGGUUCGAAAUUGAUGAGGAUGCUGUAAAUCAGUUCCAAUCAAACCUAGAAACAUGUGAAAUGCUAGAUGAAAAUAUUGACGUCACUUUGUGUGAUGUAGUACGGCUCUUUCAUGAGAACAACAACAAAUUUGUGGAUACAGUUAUCUUAAAUCCACCUUUUGGCACUAACCCAAAAAAUAAUGGUGACGUCUCACUGACACAUCGAUCUUAUUUUUUCAGGUAUUGACAUGGCGUUCCUACGUGCUGCGCUGUCCAUUGCCCAUUUACAUGUAUAUUCACUUCAUAAAACCACUACACGAAACCAUGUUCUACAUACAAUACAGAGU